GAAAAAGACUAUAAAAGCAGACGAUAGCGGAAGUUGAUAUACAGUAAUCACGUGAUAUUUGACAACAUGGCCGAGGAAGAGGAAAGCUUGGAAAUAAUUUUAAACUCUGCUACAAAUCCAGUAAAUAGAGAUGAAGACUGGGAAACAAUUACAAAAUUCUGUGAACAAGUUAACAAGGAGUUGGAGGGGCCACAAAUAGCUAUUCGUCUUCUUGCACACAAAAUACAGUCACCACAAGAGAGGGAGGCACUGUAUGCUCUAGCAACUGUAGAAGCAUGUGUGAAGAAUUGUGGGAGGCGAUUUCAUUGCGAAGUUGGAAAAUUUAGGUUUUUAAAUGAAAUGAUAAAAGUGGUGUCACCCAAGUAUUUAGGAAAUAAAACUUCUGAAAAAGUGAAGAAAAAAUGUAUAGAACUUAUGUACAGUUGGAGUAGGGGCCUACCACAUGAAAACAAAGUUUUAGAAGCAUACAAAAUGUUGAAACAGCAAGGCAUUGUGAAAGAGGACCCAGACUAUAUUGACAAGAAGUUGGACAUUUUCCCAUUACCUAAACCCAGGAUGGCAACUUUUGAAGAUGAGGAAAAAGCCAAGCUUCUUGCAAAAUUACUACAAAGCAAAAACCCUCAAGAUCUACAAGCUGCCAACAGAUUGAUAAAAAACAUGGUGAAACAGGAUGUAGACAAAAUGGAGAGAACAUCUCGCAGAAUAAAUGAAUUGGAACAAAUUAACAAUAAUACAAAAUUACUGAUGGAGAUGUUAGACCACUAUUCUCCAGAAUCCUCAUCAAAAGCAGACUUAGAUAUGAUGAAGGAGUUGUAUGAUAGUUUAGAGAAACUGAGACCAAAUUUAUUUCGCCUUGCAAGUGAUACAGAUGAAAAAGACAAUGAGGCAAUAAAUGAAAUAUUAAAGAGCAAUGAUGAUGUAAUGCAAAUUAUGGCACAGUAUAAGAAGAAAGUGGGUGACAACCCAAAUCAAAAUGGUCACACAUCUGAUCCAGCUUCUUCAUUACUUGACCUGGCAGGGCAGUCUCUCUCCUUACACCCUCCUACACAGACCAAAGACCCGAGCACUGAAAUCCUUGAUGAAGAACUCCUAGCCCUAGGUUUAGGUGAUAGCAGCACUACUGGUAAAUCAGAAUCUCUACUUGGUGACCUGGAUGAUAUAUUUGCUGCUUCCUCAGCAAGCAGUGGAUCAACACAGACACAGCAAGGGUUAAUGACUGCACCAGCCAUGAGCAGUGCAUUUCCUAUGAGCAGUGGACAGCCAACAUUCCAAAGUUUCAAUCAGGCAGCUAGAGCUCCAGUUCCAAAUUACUCAGUACCACAGCCAAUGACAGGAAACUUCUCUCAGUUUUCAUCUCCAAUGUCCCAACCAGCAACUUCAUUAUUUACAAGUAGUGAUUCAGACACAUCAGUGUUCAGUCCAAAACCAAAACCUCCUACUCUAGAGCAAACACAGGGAAUGAAAGAUUUGGACAUGUUAGGAAAAAAUCUACUACAGCAAAACCUGCCCAAGAAUAUGCCAUUAAAGCCUCAAGAUACAGGACAAAAGGUUCCUAUGAACCAAAUGCUGACCAAGACUUCCCCCCAGUCACUGCUGGCCAACAGCCUGUUAGAGAACCCUCAGGCCGGGGCACCUGCUCAGCUCCCUGUGUCCCAGCCCUCCCAGACUUCUACCCCCUCAUCAACCCCUGUCAAGCAAGGCGCAGAGGCUCUCAACCUCACCGAUGUAUUUGUACCACUUGAAUCUAUACAACCAGAUGGUACAGCUCCAUUGAAUGCUUAUGAUAAGAAUGGACUGAAAAUUGUAAUACAUGUAGCUAAAAACAAACCCCGUGAGGAUGUGAAAGUCAUGGUUGUAUCUACAAUUAGUACCAAGACAAAUCCCAUCAAGAACUUUGUCUUUCAAGCAGCAGUUCCUAAGGUGAUGAAGGUCAAGCUUCAGCCCCCUUCAGCCACUGACUUACCGGCUUACAAUCCCAUCCUCCCACCAGCUGCCAUCACACAAGUUAUGUUAUUGGCCAAUCCACAAAAGGAAAAAAUUCGAUUAAAAUUCAAGAUUACGUACAAUGCAAAUGGAGAGAAUCUAUCAGAUGUUGGAGAAGUUGACAGUUUUACAAUUUCAUAAUGUUAGAACAAAUACAUGUGUAGUAUUUAUGUUUUCAUUGUGAUGGGAAAAGUGCAAGAGAAAUGAUUGUUCUUUAAAUGUGAGUGAUGAUUGAAAAUCUUUGUCUGUUAGAACUAAUGUGUUUGUUUUGUGAGGUUUCUGUGUCUUGUUUUUAUUUGCUUGGUGCCUCUAUUGUGAUUCACUAGUAUUCAAGCAGUUUUUGAAAUGUUGAAAUGUGUUUUUAAAAAAAAAAUGAUGUCAGAGUGAAUAACAAGUAUUUAAUUGAAUAUAGAAGUGUACAUGUACUUGUACAUGAAAGGUGAAUAUUGUCAAUAAAUAUGUACAUGUAGAUAUACUUGUAAAUGAGUCAAAAGGUUGCUUUUCAUGUUAAAUAAUGAGAUAUUUACUGGCAAAUUUUCAACAGUUUUCCUCUGACCAAUGGUACAUGAAUUUAUUGAGCAUUGCCAACCUCAAACAUUCAUGUAAAAUGACUAUGAUGAGAACAAGGUUAUCAAUGCAUUUAUCAAUACAAUAAAAAAAAACAAUUACAAAGAGAUUUUUGUAAUACAACAGAUCCUCAUUUUAAUUAUGUACAUAUACAUGUAUGUAUAUUUUUUGUUGGCUUUUUACAUACUAUGUUUCUAUUAAAUGUACCUGCCAUGAAUUAUUUUAAACAAUUCAGUGUAUGAAUAAGACCAUUUUAACAAGAGCUUGGACUUUGGGUAGUUGUGUCAAACAGCAAUUUGAUAUAAGCCUGUCUAAUUCUUUGCUGGCCACUCGGUCAUAGCUCUUUGUGAAAUCAACAAGGUUUGACUAGUGUUUGAGCCAAGAUUACAAAUUUUUUGGAUAUUUCACUUGAAACAACGUAAUUUUUACUUCUUUUCUUGAUGCAAGAACAAGAUAAUUACAUUCUACCAAAAGUCCAACGUCUUGUUAAAAUGGUUCUAAUUUAAACAUUUGACUGAUGUUGCUUGCAACUUUUCUACAAUAUCUAAACAAACUUUACAACAUCGAGGCAUUUUAAAUUUUCAUAUUCAUAAAAUGGAAACAUUUAUGAACAUUUUUCCAAACAAAAUUUAUCAAUGUAUUUUAGUAAGACACUAUACUACGUCUGAGAUUUCUAUUUCCAUACAGUUUUCUAAAUAAAUCCAUUUAUCAGUCGAGAACAGCUUAGAAGGUUAUAACGAGAAAAAGUUUUUGUUUUUUGUGGAAAAUUGACUAGGAUUUUUCAAAAAACUUUGACAAUUUUAAACAUAAGCAUACAUAUACUUUCAUGUCAUGCAAUACAUAACCUAGUUACAUUUUAUUUUGAAGCUGUGUCGAUAGAUGAGGCAUUUCAGUACAAAAGUCUUCAAGUCUUUUCAUUCUAGUGAAAAACAUAGUUUAAACACAAAGAAUUUAUUUAUGAAUAUAGAAUAUGUGAUAGAAAUGGAACCUUAGACAGAGCUAGUAUACACACAUUAGUUUGGGGGGAAACCCAUAUAGCACUGAAAUGAUAUAUAAUCACCUGCUUUUGAUUCAUGUUGAGUGGUAUUUAAUAGUUACAUGUACAUGAUUUUAACUUUAUGGAAUGAUUUGACAAUAUUUUUCUACAAUGCAUGUAAAUUUUAAAGGUAAUGUUUUAAAUUUACCAUUACAUUUACUCCUUUAUUUGAUGAUUUCAGGGGUACAAAUUUAUUGAUAUUGAAUAUGUAAACUGUAGGUUAUAGAAUUGGUUAAACUCUCACCAUUGGCUUAACAUAUGAUACAGAGGGAAUAUUGUACACAACUGCAUAUGUAUAAAUUAUUUGUUUAUUUUUGUUAUGAAAUGACAAUAGUAAAAAAUGAUAUACUGUACAUGUGAACAUAAAUAAAUUCUUCAUAUGUAAUUUUCA